UGGGGUACACCCUGGACAGGUCACCAGUCUGUCACAGAGAUAGCACAUAGAGACAGUCACUUUUAAUAAUUUCUAUUAUCAAUCUCAAAUGCUUUGUGAUAUUAUUAAUAAUUAGACGUAUGGAAGUGGACAGUGACGAUGGGAUCACUGUUGACAAGUUGCUUCUGCUGGGAAGCCAUGUCUGUUGCCACUGCAAUAGAGGGUGGGUAAAUAAAGCUAAGAAAUUGUUGAUAAGACAUUGGAAACUGCUUGUACAGCAUUCAGAGACUUGUGAAACCACGUUUUAAGGUGUGAGUGUCUAAUAGUAGUCUUGGUAAACUUGUAGUACUCCCAGUUAAAACUUCCCAUAGGAGCAGUGACAGUGGGCGCUGCUGCUGUGAGAGGGAAAAGGGGAGCAGCCUCCACUGAGGAUGGCCUAAAGUUAAACUGAGGGUUGCAGAACAUCAUCCUCUGAACUGUUAUUUUUACUAAAAACGAAUUUCCCUGACACUCCUACGCCAGGGCUGCAGAUUGUCACCUCGAGUGGUACAUUAAAUGUUUUGGGAAAAUUUCCUUGUUUGCUGGGAUACAACCUGGCACAAUGAUCUACUUUUGCCCAUUUUGAGAAAUGGUGUUUGUGAUUGAUUAGUUAUGCCUGUAGAGGUCUUUAGGGGGAGCUCUUGCCACCAUACUGAAGAUGUUGAAAGGAAAGCUAUCCCACCAUUUUCUCUCAUUUAUCCUCUUUUCAGUGUCUUUCAGCAAAUCAAAGUUCACAGUGAUGGAUGUUGGACUGAUACGAAGCAGAUGCUCACAGUUGGUUUCAAAGGUUUCAGUCGUCAGUUUAAAGGUCUGCUGUUCUGGUUCUUGGUGCCAGUUUCAUCAGAAACAAAUGGAACCAGAGGGGCACCGCUGGUCCUUCAGUGCCAUCACAACCUCAGCGAAAAGUUCAUUCCUGAGCAAACCUCCAUAUACUGGCAAAGUAAUUCCAGCGUUCUUCAUGUUUUUUCAAAAGGACAAGAGGAAUUUCAACACCAAAGUGAGUCAUUUAAAAACAGGACUGCAAUUUUCCGCGAUCAACUGGCCUCUGGCAACUUCUCCCUUGUCAUCAAUCCGCUGAUGCUGAAAGACGAUCAGCUCAGCAUCGAAGUUGCUUACAUACCAGAAAGCAGGACGCUCUGCCAAACCACUGUUCAUGUAGCAGCUCGUUUUGAGAUGCCAAAUAUCGUGGUCAACACCAUAGAUAUGAUGGCUAUGUGUGCAACAAAGGGGGGCUUUCCUGAACCAGAGCUAUCAUGGAUCUCCGUGGACCACGAGGGACAUGAACGUACACUUGAACCACCUGAUGUCCAGACCCUUGAGAUCUACAAGGAAGAUGACGGCACCUACAGAGUUACCAGUACUGCCAACAUCAGAGGAUCACAGAAAGUUACAUGCAGCGUUUACAACCCGACUUCAAAGGAGACAUUGAGUGUAAUUAAAGACGUAAUUACAGAUGAAGGCUGGAGUCUGCCUUUGGGAGCUGUUCUUGGAGUACCGGUAAUACUUGCAGUAAUACUCGGAGCAGGAGCCACCAUUGGCUGCCGAAAAAGGAAAAGGAGAGACUGUUCAGGACAAAGCCUACAACAACUGAGCGCCAAUGAACCUGCACCAUUGGAAGACAGCACUCCUGAUCCUGCAGCUGUUGUAGUUGAUGAUGUAGCUAAAUAAAGGGAAAACACUAAAUAG